AUGGCUGCCGUUUUUGCACUGUCGAUACUCGCCCUCGCCGGAGGUGUGCAUGCCGCAUUUCCGGACUGCGCCAAUGGGCCUCUCGCGAACAACACGGUGUGCGACGCUACUGCGACGCCAAUCGAACGUGCGACGGCCUUGAUCGAUCUGUUCACCCUGGAGGAAAAGCUGAACAACACUGGCAACACCUCUCCGGGUGUGCCCCGUCUUGGCCUCCCUGCAUACCAGUGGUGGCAGGAAGGUCUGCACGGAGUUGCAUCUUCACCAGGUGUCAACUUCGCUGCGUCAGGGCCCUUCAGCUAUGCGACUUCUUUCCCCGAGCCGAUCUUAAUGAGCGCCGCCUUUGACGAUGCCUUGAUCCAUCAAGUUGGGUUGACUGUCGGGACAGAAGGUCGCGCAUUCAACAAUUUCAACCGCUCCGGCCUGGAUUUCUGGACUCCAAAUAUCAACGCGUUUCGCGACCCAAGGUGGGGUAGAGGCCAGGAAACUCCCGGAGAGGACACCUUUCACCUACAGUCAUACGUGUACAACUUGCUUACUGGUCUUGAAGGCGGCGUAGAGCCGCAGUACAAGCAAGUCAUUGCAACGUGCAAACAUUAUGCAGGGUAUGAUAUUGAAGACUGGGAAGGAAACGUGCGCUAUGGGUUCGACGCUCUCAUAUCGCUGCAAGAUCUUUCCGAAUUCUACACUCCCCAGUUCAAAACAUGCGCGCGUGACGCAGUUGUAGGGUCGUUCAUGUGCUCGUACAACGCAGUGAACGGCGUCCCGUCCUGUGCGAACAGCUACUUCCUACAGACCCUUCUACGAGAACACUGGAAUUGGACAAGCGACUACCAGUACGUGACGUCGGACUGCGACGCUGUACAGAACAUAUACGAACCACACUACUACGCUCCCACACGCCAACAGGCUGUAGCGGACGCGCUCAAUGCAGGCACAGACACAGAUUGCGGGACAUAUUACCCUGAAUACCUUCCUAGUGCAUAUGCGCAGGGCUUGUUCAAUAUUUCCGUGCUGGAUCGUGCGCUCAUCCGCCAGUACGCCGGACUGGUGAAACUCGGCUAUUUCGAUCCUGCUGAAAGUGUCUCGUACCGUGCGCUCACCUGGGCGAAUGUCAGCACUCCCGGCGCAGAGGAGCUGGCAUAUACCGCCGCGGUGGAAGGCAUCACGCUACUCAAGAACGACGGCACCCUUCCGCUCUCCCCGUCUUACAAAACUCUCGCACUCAUUGGACCUUGGGCGAACGCGACCACCCAGAUGCAGGGUAACUACGCUGGAAUUGCUCCUUACCUACAUAGCCCGCUGUAUGCUGCACAGCAGCUCGGCUUUACGGUAAAUUAUGCUGCGGGGCCUGGCGUCGACGACCCCACCACCAGCUCUUUUCCCGCGGCUCUUGCUGCGGCCAACGCCUCCGAAGUGAUCAUCUUUGCCGGCGGGAUCGACGACACCGUCGAGGCCGAGGCGAUGGAUCGCUACACCAUCACGUACCCCGGCGUGCAGCUCGACUUCAUCGACCAGCUCUCGCAGAUGGGCAAGCCGCUGAUCGUGUUGCAGAUGGGCGGCGGCCAGGUCGAUGAUUCGGAGUUACUCUCGAACCCCGAUGUGAACGCGCUGAUCUGGGGCGGAUAUCCCGGCCAGGACGGUGGUACUGCGCUUAUGGAUAUCAUCGUAGGCAACGCUGCGCCGGCGGGUCGCCUACCAGUUACGCAGUACCCUGCGGAGUACGUCUACCAGGUGCCGAUGACAGACAUGGCCCUGCGCCCCGGCCCGACUAACCCGGGUAGGACCUACAAGUGGUACACUGGGACGCCGGUGGUGGAGUUUGGCUAUGGCCUGCAUUACACGAACUUCAGUGCAACCUUGGGAGCCGAGAAAAACUGUGAUUCCUACGACAUCUCCACUCUCGUCGAGGGCUGUUUAUCCUAUAGUUACCUUGACCUCUGCCCAUUUGCCUCUUUUGCUGUGAACGUGACAAAUACGGGCAGUUCCGUCACCUCCGACUACGUGACGCUGCUUUUCCUCAAGGGCGAGUUCGGUCCCGCGCCGUAUCCCAACAAGGCGCUCGUGGCAUAUGAUCGUUUGCACGCGAUCGCGCCUUCGUCUAGCCAGACCACCACGCUCAACCUCACGCUUGGUUCGCUAUCGCGAGUCGAUGGGUACGGAAACGCAGUGCUAUAUCCUGGGUCGUAUACUCUCGUGCUGGAUGUGGACUCGAAGGCGACGCUCACCUUCGAGCUGACGGGGCUCGAGAGUGUCAUCGAUUACUGGCCUCAGCCAUAA